GGGCGGGGCCUGCAGCCCGGCUAGCGAGCGGGGAUCCCGGUGCCAGUUGUCCGGCUGUCCGAUGAGGGCUCCUCCCCCCGGCUUGUCACUGCCAGCCUGUCCGGCGGGGCCGUCCUGGGCAGAGAUGGUGGCCAAAGACUUUAAGCGGUUCAUGAACCACAGAGCCCCGGCCAACAGCCGCUACAAACCAACUUGCUAUGAGCAUGCUGCCAACUGCUACACACAUGCAUUCCUCAUUGUCCCUUCUAUAAUUGGAAGUGCUCUUCUACAUCGUAUGUCAGACGACCGAUGGGAAAAGAUAACAGCCUGUAUUUAUGGCAUGGGCCUGUGUGCUCUUUUUAUAGUGUCCACUGUGUUUCAUAUAGUCACCUGGAAGAAGAGUCACCACCGGACUAUAGAGCAUUGUUUCCACAUGUGUGACAGAAUGGUCAUCUACUUUUUCAUUGCCGCCUCCUAUGCACCAUGGUUAAAUCUACGUGAACUUGGCCCUUUGGCUUCUCACAUGCGGUGGUUUAUCUGGUUGAUGGCAGCAGGUGGAACUAUUUAUGUGUUUUUGUACCAUGAAAAGUAUAAAAUAAUUGAAUUGCUCUUCUAUCUAGCAAUGGGAUUUUCUCCUGCUCUAGUAGUGACUUCAAUGAACAACACAGAAGGCUUGCAAGAACUGGCUUGGGGAGGCCUCAUCUACUGCUUGGGUGUUGUCUUCUUUAAGAGUGACGGAAUCAUCCCCUUUGCGCAUGCCAUCUGGCACCUCUUCGUUGCCCUUGCAGCUGCCGUGCAUUAUUACGCCAUCUGGAAGUACCUGUACAAAAGUUCGUCUUCAGAUCUGAUCCGACACUUAUGACGAAACGGCGCCGAGAAAGAAACACUAUCAGUAUUACUUGACAUGAAAACGAAUGUAUGAUAAGGCAAGGGAGGUAUUGUAUUAUAACAGGAAGUAAUGCACUGACGUAUCUGGUUCUCUACAACAUACUGUGAAAAAGAUGUGAAUCUGAAUAGCAGUUAGAAUUGAGAC